GGAAAAGCAGAGAAGAUGGCGGACGUGGUGAAUGUUGGAGUGAACCUGGAUGCGUUUUCUCACGCCAUCAGCGGCAUCCAGGCGCUGCGCUCCAGCGUGAGCCGCGUGUUCGAGUUCCUGAAGGACGGCAUGAAGAACCGCGAGACGCUGGAGGGCCGAGAGAAGCAGUUUAUAUCCGAAUUCCAGGAAAACCUAGAGGCGGUCAACAGAGACCUCAACUGCUCUGAGCGUGUCAGGUGCUUUGAUGUUGGUCCACAGCUGGAGCUCACGGAGCUGCCUCCACAGAACAAGCCAGCGGCGGCCCUCGGACCGCCCACCCGGACGCUGCCUCCAUGUUUUUACUGUCUGACAGUCAGACUGACAGAGGACUCUGGGAUUGUCCUCGUGUGGACACUUGUGAUGCAGGCUAAGCGUCUGAGUUUGCAGUAUCACGCUAGCUUGGCCUCCAGUUUGUUGAACCAGCAGUCGCUGAAGCGAUCAGCCAAUCAGAUGGGAGCAUCAGCCAAGAGACGGCCCAAAGUCCAACCCAGUACUCUGGUACUGCCUCCACAGUAUGUGGAUGAUGUCAUCUCUCGCAUCGGCAGGCUGUUUCCUGAUAUGACCAUUGAGCUGUUCAGACCCAACGGGACGUCAGCUGUGCUGCUGGUGACUCUGGGGAAGGUGCUGAAGGCCAUCGUUGUGAUGCGAGGCAGGGUGGGCCUGCUACUACGCAUGCGCACAACUCUCGCAAUCUGA